AGUCUAUGUAGGACGUUUUUUGUUUAGUUCAUAUCCAGAUGGCAAAAUAUUACUGUAGAUUUCGACUUACGAUUUUUCCUUAAUUAUCUUAUAUUUAUUUUCCUAACCAAAUCUUUAAAACACACAACUGUUGGCAGAAUUUGAAAAGUAAAAAGUAGGACAGUGUAACUAAGCAAUUUGAAAGCCAUUGCCUUAUAUGGCCUACCCUGUAAGAUGGGCGUUGGUUUCGGAUGUGUCUGAAGAAGCUCAAGCUGUGAAUCGUAUUUCCUGUAUGUCAACUUUAUAUACGUCACUUCUAAGGUCUACAAACUGUUUAUACCAGUUACAGAAACUAAUAAUUUCGAUAAAUUAAAUAAAUAAGAAAACUGCUCUCCGAAAGUUCUAUAUUGUUCAAGCUAUACAGUUUGCAUUCUUGUACAACACUUAUUUUUUUUUUACUAAAAGAAAGUGACGUCACAUCCCACGCCAUUUUGGAGGUUCAAGAGUGUGCAGUCGGAAACACAUGGUAACAUCUUCGAAGUUUACUUUUAAAGAAGAAAAUAGACUUCGAAGAUGGCGAACCUUUCGUUGAAAAUAAAUGUUGUCGAAAAAAAUGUUAUAAAGACGAUGAAAUUCAAGCCAUCCAUGCUAGUUUAUGAUGCUUGUCGAACAAUACGAGAAAAAAUAUCUGAAGCCAACUUUGGAGAAUCAAAGGAAUAUGGACUGUUCUUAGCUGAUGAGGAUCCAAAAAAAGGAGUGUGGUUGGAAUCAGGAAGAUCUUUGGAACAUUAUCUUCUUCGAGAUGGGGAUUUGUUGGAAUAUAAGAAGAAGACCAGGACAUUGCGUGUCAGAAUGUUGGAUGAUGCUGUGAAGACAUUACGAGUAGAUGACAGUCAGCCUGUAGCCAAUCUCAUGGUUGUUAUUUGUACGAAAAUAGGAAUUACAAAUCAUGAUGAAUUUUCACUUGUGAGAGAACUUACUGAGGAGCCUGUUAAAGAUGCCUCAACCACGGGUACACUUACCCUAAGGAGGGAAAAGAAGGAUAAAGACAGAGACCAGAAAAUGGAACAGUUGAAAAAGAAGCUAAAAACUGAUGAUGAUUUGAACUGGGUUGAUCAUUCAAAAACGUUGAGGGAGCAAGGUAUAAGUGAAGAAGAAACUCUUUUACUGAGAAGAAAAUUCUUCUUUUCGGAUCAAAAUGUUGAUUCUAGAGAUCCUGUUCAAUUGAAUUUGUUGUAUGUACAGGCGAGAGAUGCCAUUCUUAAUGGGACGCAUCCAGUAACAAUUGAACAAGCCUGUAAGUUUGCUGGAAUCCAGUGCCAGAUUCAGUUUGGAGAUCACAGUGAACUAAAACACAAGCCUGGCUUUCUUGACCUCAAGGAGUUUUUACCAAAAGACUAUUGGAAAAUAAAGGGAAUUGAAAAGAAAAUAUUUUUGGAACACAAAACUUGCUUACGUCUCAGUGAAAUUGAAGCUAAGGUGAAAUACGUGUCACAUGCUCGUUCUUUGAGAACAUACGGAGUUACCUUCUUCUUGGUAAAGGAGAAAAUGAAAGGCAAAAACAAGUUAGUACCUCGCUUGCUUGGAGUAACGAAGGAUAGUGUUCUAAGAUUAGAUGAAAAGACUAAAGAGAUUUUAAAAACUUGGCCAUUAACUACAGUUAGAAGAUGGGCAGCAUCUCCAAACAGUUUUACUUUGGACUUUGGUGACUAUUCUGAUGCUUAUUACUCAGUUCAGACAACAGAGGGCGAACAGAUCUCUCAACUUAUUGCGGGAUAUAUAGAUAUUAUUUUAAAAAAGCAAAAAUCCAAGGACCACUUUGGAAUUGAGGGGGAUGAAGGUUCCACAAUGGUAGAAGAUAGCGUAUCUCCUGCAAAGGCCACAAUUCUACAACACACUCCAGCAGUAAAACUAUCUCACGCCAGCUCAGGUUCAGUUGCAAUCCCUGCUGUAAUGAGAACUGGAGCAGAUGGUAAGGAAAUACCUCAGCAUCCUAAGGUUCAUAGGACACUGACAGAACCCCAACAAGCUUUAUUAAGUUCCAUUGAUGCUGGACGAGAUGCUGUAGAUUCAGCUCAGAAAGAACUGCAGACAAAAGCAGAUCUUCCUGAAAUGGGAACAGAUCCUGCUUCCCUGCAGUGGAAACAAAAUACUUUUGAUGUUAAAAAGCAAAGUGUGUCUUCUCACCUUGGAGCAAUGAAUGCUGCUACAGCUCAGGUGAUAACCCUGACAUCUGGAUCUCCAGAAGAAGUAGAUCAUCCUGGAGUUGGUGCUGCUAUUAAUAUCAUCACCACCAACCUUCCAGAAAUGUCUAAAGAUGUGAAAAUGAUUGCUGCUCUCAUGGAUGAAGGUCAAGGGGAUAACUUGUUGGAUGCUGCUCGAAAUCUUUGCUUAACCUUUUAUGAUUUACUGAAAGCUGCUGAGCCUGGUAGCAAGGAGCCUCGUCAGAGUCUUCUUCAAGCUGCCACUCGUGUUGGAGAAGCAAGUCAUGGUGUUCUUUAUACGAUUGGUGAAGAAGAUGCUGUAGACAAAGAAGUACAGGAUGUUCUUUUGAGCCUGGCCAAAGCAGUGGCCAAUGCAACAGCAGCAUUAGUUUUGAAAGCCAAGAACGUAGCCAGCAGAUGUGAUGACCCACCCUUGCAGAACAAAGUGAUAAAUUCUGCAACUCAAUGUGCCUUAGCAACAUCUCAGCUGGUUGCUUGUGCCAAGGUGGUUGCACCAACCAUCAACAACUCUGCUUGUCAGCAGCAACUUAGUGAAGCAGCGAAAGAAGUGGCCAAAGCUGUUGAGAAUGUUGUUACAGUUUGUCAGGAUGCUGUACGGGAUGAGGGCUUGCUUAAGGAACUUGGGACUGCAGCUACAGAUGUUACGCAGUCUCUGAAUGAUUUGUUGAAUCAUGUGCGAUGUUAUCCGGAGCAACAUGGACAACCUUCUGAGCAUGAAGGGGCUGUAGACACCAUACUCGAUGCAACUGACAAACUUUUCAGUAGUACAGGUGAUGCCAGUGAGAUGGUCAGACAGGCAAAGGUUCUUGCCAAGGCAACAGCUCAUCUUAUUCAAGCCAUUAAAGGAGAAGCAGAAUCUCAGCCUGAUUCAGACUUACAGAAACGCUUAUUAGCAGCAGCUAAGUUACUAGCAGAUGCAACAACACGAAUGGUAGAAGCAGCAAAGGGCUGUGCUGGUAACCCAAAUGACUCAGAAUCACAAGCUGCACUGCGUCGAGCUGCAGAGGAAUUAAGAACAGCCACAAAUGCUGCAGCCAGUAAUGCUUUAAAAAAGAAAUUAAUUCACAGACUAGAAAAAGUUGCUGAAACAAUUCCAGCUGUAGUACAGGGGGUCAAGGGAACCAUGAAAGAACCAGAUAAUGCCAACAGCCAGUUGUUUUUGAUUAAUGCAUCUGAACAAAUGAUUCAGCCAUGUGUUGGCAUGAUUUCGGCAUCAAAAGCAGCUCUUCCAACAAUCACCGACCCAUCCUCAGUCACGCAGCUAAAUAAUACUUCCAGGGAUAUGGCCACGGCAUUGUCAGAGCUUCGUAGUGCUUUAUCGAAGGCUCAAGAAGCAUGUGGAACCCUUGAACUUGACAGUGCUCUUGAUCUUAUCAAUAGCUUGAAUGAUGAACUGGAAGCUUUCAAAAGAGCUGUAAAAGAAUUUGAUUUGAAACCAUUGCCUGGAGAAACUAAUGAAUCAUCAACACUUCAGCUAGGAAGCACUUCCAAAACAGUUGGAUCUUCAAUGGCUCAACUUCUUACAGCAGCUUCCCAGGGCAAUGAAAACUAUACAGGAAUUGCAGCAAGAGAUACUGCAAAUGCUCUGAAGGUUCUCACUGGAGCUGUAAGAGGUGUGGCUGCCACAACUUCGGAGCAGGAUAUUCAGUUGAAAAUCAUUGAUAGUGCUCAAGAUGUUAUGACCAAGUCUGCUCAGCUUAUUGAAGAAGCUCGAAGAUCUGUUCAGAACCCUGGAAACCCAGAAAAUCCACAGAGAUUGACCCAGUUUCCAAGCUCUAAUCGAUCAUACAGUGAGCUUCAAAAUAACUUAAACUCAGCUGCUGCCACUUUGAACAUUGAAGUUGGAAAUGUGAUGGAAUCUUCUAAAGGCUCACCAAAUCAGUUAGCUGUCUCUGCGAAAAAGUUCGGCAAUGCUUUUGGUGAUCUGCUGGAUUGUGGAAUGGAGAUUGUUGGACAGACAAAAGACACCGAAGUUCGAGGGCAGAUGGUGGUAAGUCUUAAGAAUGUUUCCAUGGUGUCAAGCAAGCUACUUGUAGCAGCUAAAUCUGUUGCUGCAGAUCCAAGUGCUCCUAAUGCAAAGAACCAAUUAGCUCUUGCUGCAAGAGCUGUGACAGAAAGUAUCAACCAUUUGAUAAACGUCUGCACAUCUGCUGCACCAGGUCAAAAGGAAUGCGAUAGUGCCAUCAGGAACAUUCAGAUGAUGAGGCCAUUGUUAGAAAAGCCUUCUGAAGCUGUCAAUGAUUUCUCCUACUUUGAAUGCUUAGAUAAUGUUAUGGAUAAGUCAAAGAACCUUGGCGAAGGUAUGACUGGAAUAGCAAACUACGCUAAGAAAAGUGAACAUGAGAAAUUUGGUGAAGCUGUCAAAGAUGUUUCUGAGUCAAUAUGUGGUUUGAUUGAAAAUGCUGCUCAGGCAGCCUACCUUGUUGGUGUGUCAGAUCCCUCAAGUGUGGCUGGGAAACCAGGACUAGUUGACCUUGCACAGUUUGCACGAGCUAGCCAAGCCAUACAAAUGGCCUGUCAACAACUAACAAACCAAACUAGCAACCAACAGCAGGUUCUUUCUGCAGCUACAAUUAUAGCUAAACAUACUUCAUCAUUGUGCAAUUCUUGUCGAAUUGCAUCUUCUAAGACUGCAAAUCCUGUUGCCAAACGACAUUUUGUACAAUCGGCCAAAGAGGUGGCAAAUGCAACUGCUAACUUGGUCAAAGAGAUUAAGGCACUUGACCAAGACCCAAGUGAAGCAAAUCGCCAGAACUGUUCAGCUGCUACAAAACCACUGAUCGAAGCUGUUGAGAGCCUCACCACAUUUGCCAACUCUCCAGAAUUUGCAAGUGUACCAGCAAAGAUUAGUCCAAAGGCUUGUGCAGCUCAGGAGCCCAUUACUUCAGCUGGUAAAUCUAUCAUUGAUGGAUCAUGUAAUAUGAUUCAAACAGCUAAGUCCCUUGCUCUCAACCCUCAAGACCCUCCUGCAUGGCAGACUUUGGCCAGUCACAGUAAGAAUGUUUCAGAUGCCAUUAAGAAGUUGGUCACUUCCAUCAAAGAUAAAGCUCCUGGUCAGAAAGAAUGUGAAGAAGCUAUUGAGAAGCUAAGUGCUUGUAUUAAAGAACUAGAUCAAGCAGCAUUGAAUAUUAUGAGUCAAAAUCUGGCUCCUCGUCAGGACAACACCUUGAAGGGAUUUCAGGAACAAAUGGAAAACAGUGCAACAGAAAUCAUGGACAAAAUUGACAGUGUUCGAACAUCAUCUAAAGGAGAAGCAGAGAAGCUGGGACAUUCAGUUUCACAGUUGGUGAAUUACUUCAGUCCACUUGUUCAAAGUGCAAUUGGAAGUGCUUCCAAAACACAAAGUUCUAAACAACAAAUGGCUUUGCUAGAUCAAACAAAAACUGUUACUGAAUGUGCAUUGCAGCUUGUUUAUGCAGCUAAAGAAUCUGGAGGAAAUCCAAAGGCUACUCAUGUUCAUACGGAGAUUGAUGAUUCGGCAGAUGCAAUGCAAGAUGCUUUACAUGACCUUCUACACACUUUGGAAGCUGCAGCUACAGAGGCUGGAAUAGUGACAGGGUUGGUUGAGUCCAUCAAUAAAGCAGUUGCAAAGGUUGACGAACAUGUGAGUGUCACUGAAACCGUUUCCUUUGCUGACUACCAAACUCGAAUGGUGAAUGCUUGCAAGGAAAUUGCCAGACUUGCCCAAGAAAUGGUUACUAAAUCAACAACAGAUGUCAGUCAUCUCAGCCCUCUAGCAGCAAACCUUUCUCAUCAGUAUGCUAUUGUUGCCAAUGAUUCCCGUGGAGCAGUUAGUGCCACUUCAAAUUCAGAGGUUGCAAUUCGAAUCCGAACAGCUGUGCAGGACUUAGGAGCAGCAUGCAUAGACCUGACCAAAUCUGCUGGUUCCUGUCAGAGCAAUCCUAAUGAUGUUUUCUGUCAACGAGAUGUAGCUGGAAAUGCAAGAAAUGUUUCAGAAAAGGCAUCCUUUGUUUUAGCAGCUCUCCAAGCAGGUUCUCGAGGAACUCAAGCUUGUAUUAAUGCUGCUAGCACUGUUAGUGGUAUCAUUGGAGACCUGGAUACCACCAUUAUGUUUGCUACAGCUGGAACUUUACAUGCAGAAAAUGAAAAUGAAAGUUUUGCUGAUCAUAGGGAAAAUAUCCUAAAAACUGCAAAGGCACUUGUUGAGGAUACAAAAACAUUAGUUGCAGGAGCUGCCUCUAGCCAGGAACAGCUGGCUGUGGCUGCUCAGAAUUCAGUAGCAACUAUUGUUCAACUGUCUGAAGCUGUCAAGUUUGGAGCAGCAUCCCUUGGUUCAAAUAAUCCUGAAGCCCAGGUUCUCCUUAUUAAUGCUGUCAAGGAUGUUGCCAAUGCCUUGGGUGACCUUAUCCAAGCUACUAAGGCUGCUUCGGGAAAAAGUAUUAAUGAUCCUGCUAUGUUCCAUUUGAAAGAAUCAGCUAAGGUAAUGGUAACAAAUGUCACAUCCUUACUGAAGACAGUCAAAUCUCUAGAAGAUGAACAUGCCCGUGGAACUAGAGCUUUGGAGUCUACUAUUGAAGUUAUUGGCCAGGAAAUUCGAGCAUACAAUAUGUCUGACAUUCCAACAAAAAAGGCAACUCCAGAAGAUCUUGUUCGAGCUACUAAGCCUGUUACACUAGCAACAGCAAAAGCAGUCGCUGCAGGAAACAGUGGGAAACAAGAUGAUGUAAUUGUUGCAGCCAAUAUGGGGAGGAAAGCCCUAUUUGAUCUUCUGACAACUUCAAAGGCAGCUGCUUUCAAUGCUGAAAGUCAAGAAAUAAAAAUCAGAAUCUUAGAAUCAGGUCAUAAGUGUGCCAUAAAUUACAAGGAAUUGUUGACCAUGGUUCACCGGGUAAUUCAGAGACCUAGCAAUGAAGGGAAACAGCAACUAAUCAGCAUGUCAAGAACAAUUGCCCAGUCUGUUUCUGAGAUUGUAAAUUCUGCUGAAACCCUGAAAGGUAGCGACUGGAUUGAUCCAGAUGACCCAACAGUGAUAGCUGAAACUGAAUUACUUGGGGCAGCUUCGUCAAUUGAUGCUGCAGCUAAAAAACUUGCUCAUUUGAAACCAAGAAAACGUAGUGUCAAGGAAGCUAAUGAAGAAAUGAACUUUGAUGAAAUGAUUUUGGAAGCAGCUAAGUCCAUUACAGCAGCUACGUCUGCCCUUGUGAAAGCUGCAUGUGCAGCUCAGAAGGAGUUGCUUGAUGCUGGAACGAUUGGAGCACAUCCUUUAUAUACAUCUGAUGAUGGUCAAUGGUCCGAAGGACUUGUUUCCGCUGCACGUCUCGUUGCUGCUACCACUCACAGCCUUGUGGAAGCAGCUAAUGCACUUGUACAAGGCCAUGCUACAGAAGAAAAGAUGAUAUCUUCUGCUAAACAGGUAGCAAGCUCUACAGCCCAGCUACUUGUUGCUUGCAAGGUUAAAGCAGACCCCGAGUCGCACUCCAUGAGGCGGCUACAGAAUGCUGGAAAUGCAGUCAAAAGAGCUACAGAUAACCUAGUUCGUGCAGCUCAAAAGUCAAUUGAAAAUGAUGAAGAAAGAAGUCUUGUUAUUAAUAAAAGAAUGGUUGGAGGUAUUGCCCAAGAAAUUAUUGCAAGAGAAGAAAUUCUAAGAAAAGAAAGAGAGCUAGAAGAGGCAAGGGAACGGUUAGCAGCUCUUCGUAAAGCAAAGUAUGGAAAUAAAUCUCCAGACGAAUACCAUGGUUACGGUUCAUGAAGUGCUCCAGUGAACAGCUUCAAAAAAGAAAAAUGUCUUUAUUAAAACAAACAUAUAUAUAUAUAUAACUAACAUGUGCCUCUGAGUUGAUCUCUAAAGUUAGGUGUGUGAUGUAAAUGAAAUGAGAUGUUAUGUUAGUUCAUUGAAACUAGCAUGGCUUGAUCUGAAUAGAAACUAGACAUUAUAGCAUUAUUUUUGUGGGGUGUGAAACUUGUUGACUAGUUUUAUGAGUAUUUUGAAAAUUGUGCAAAGAAAAAUAAAUGUUACACAUAUCAAAUGAUAAAAUUUAUUAUACUAAAGAAUGAAAUGAAUUUGUGAAAAUAAAUAGGUGGUAUAUGCUGAUUCUAAGUUUGUUGCCUCGUAAUAAAAUAGCAGUGUCAUUUUAUUUUGCAAGCAAGAUAGUAGAUUUCUAAGCAUUGAUUAACACCAUAUAAUGUAUGGUAUGAUGAUCAUCAUCAUCAUCAUCAAUCAUCAUUACUGUAAAACUGUUUAUACAUUCAUAAUUAGUAGGUUGUAAAACAAAAAAACCUGAACUGCAGACUAAUUGAGCUUGUGACGUUUUGUUUCAAAACUUAAGCUUUUGAUAAAUUAUAUUUAAACAGUUGAGAUGGCUACGUUUACUGCAGCUUGAUAAUGUGUCUUUUAAUAAAUAUGAAAAAUCCUAAUGUGAGGAAUUUUAUUAAUAUUAAUAUUGAGCAAAUAUAUAAGUGGAGCUUCUUUAAUUUAUAAGUCAUUACAAAUGUAUAUCCAUUGGUCAUGAUAGUUUUGAUUGAUCCAGUAAAUGGUGCUAUAUUCUGUAAGAAAUUCAGAAAUGUGUAGCUCACAUUUUUUUAUGAUGUGUACUAAGAAUGUAUUAGGUUUGGAAAAAAAAAAAAUAUUUUUUUAGUGUUUUAUUAGGCAGCUUCAUAAUACUAUGUUAUGUCUCUCGUUUUAUUAGUUAACCAAUUUUAAAGGCAGUUUUGCUUUUUAUGCAUAGGAUUAUCAAUAUACAUAAGAAAAACAAUGAUGGUUGUUGUUAGUAUUCUCUGAUUGGGUGUCACUUUCCACUGAGUUUUAGUUUAUUAAACUAUACCAGGCAUUGAGUUUUAUAAUUAUUUCUAAUGUCCAAUUUAUUAAAGAGUAGAAAAUUAAAUUUAAAAAUUUAUGUAGUUUUUUUGUGCUCUUUUUAUUACUGUUAUUGUUGAAGCUAUAGGUUUUUGACACAAACAACUUUCAGUAACUUCAGUUUACAGGCUAAUUGACUAACCUUCUGCAAAUGUUUGUGUUGAUCACCCAAAUUAUAAUGUUACACUUAUAUCCAUGGGAUGUAAAAGUUUUGAAAUGACUUGACUGAGUAAUCAAAAACUUUAUUAUAAAUGUACAACAUUUCGACAAGAUUUUGUCAUCCUCAGAAGGACAAAAUCUUUUCAAAAUGUCGUACAUUUAUAAUAAAUUUUUUGAUUACUCAGUCAAGCCAUCUCAAAACUUUUAUUUCCUAAAAAAUGGGUUCCUUGUUAUCAAGAUUUAUUACCAUGGGAUGGUUCUAGGGUGACCAAAUUUCCAAACCACAAAACUGGGACAGCCCCUGCCCCUAGUUUCAAAAUGGUUCUUAUGCUUUUUCUUCACAGUGUGAACUGUAAUGUUCAAUCUGCCACUGUGUGCUAUCAAAAACGUAGCUUUUCUUAUAGUACACUCAACUUUAUUAUCCAACUCACUUGCAUUUAAAAAAGGAAAGUCUACUGUCAAAUUAUCUGAAAAAAAACCAACUAUUUUUGGCAUUUUGACACCAUGAUAGGUUGAAGAUUUUCAGUAUUAAAAAUAUCUUAAGUAACAUUUCUUGAUUUUUAACUGCUAUAGGUCUACUACAGUACAACCAACUAAACCUGUGCAGACCUGAGUUUCUCACCAUUACAGAUGGAAUUUUUGAGAGUUUAUUGGCAGGAGAGUAUGUGUUACAACAAUGAGCAAGUCAAGUAGGCCUAUUACAUUUGUGAUUCGAUGUGACUGACAGUUUGAUAUCUUUAUCAUAAAACUGGGAUGUUUUGUACAUCCUGAGAACUUCCCUCGGGAUGCUGGAACAAACUACCAAAAAAUGGGACAGUCCUCGCAAAACUAGGACGUCUGGUCACCCUAGAUAGUUCACUGUUAUGUAACUUGAGUCUUAAGUUUUGUUCAUAACUAUUAUCUAUUUAUGUACUAUUUCAUAAAAUCCUUAUAAAGUUUGAUAUAUAUAAAAACAUCAAAUUUUGAGGUUGAAAUGUUCUGUAAUGAUUAGAAGCAAUCUUAUUUUUAGUAACAGAGAGAAAAGUGAUCAGCUGAAAGAUGACUCUUGCUAUGGCUGUGUCCUGAAGUAAUGUAGUGAUAAAUAUAAUAGCUAUAUUUGUUGGCUAUGAACAACAGUGAUGAUGGCAUUGGACUUAUGAGUGAAAAAAGAAUAAGUGUUUGAUCAUUCAUUAGAUGAUAUUCAUAAUGUUGCUUAGGUAUCUGCAUAGAUUAUCUGUUUUGCUACUUCUGUAUCUUUAAAAAGACUUAUUUAUUUACUUACGUUUCUUUUAAUGUUCAUAAAUGCUCUGUAAGAAACAUUUAUUUUGAUACCAAGUCUCUGUAUUUAAAUGGAUGUACAAAUCUUGAAUGAGUUUGAAAAUGAAACUUUGCUACUAUAUAAGGUAUAUGUAGAUAUUUACAAAGGCAGUUAGGACGGUUAUAGGUUUUACAAGCAUAAGGAAUUGGAUGUUCUUGCAUUUGUUUAUCUUCAACUUCAAAUAGUCUUAUAAACAUCAUUUGUGAUAUUCUCUUAUCAUUUCUUGGCUAAAAUCGAAAAUUUUCUGCUUGAUUUUUAGUGUGAUAAAUGAAAGAAAUUUGUGCCAAAAUUUGAUAAGUUUAAGCCUAGAAUUGAGGUAGUUGUUUUGUUUAAAAAUACUAGUUUGUUUCAAAGUAUUUUUUACCAUACAAUUUACAGUGUAAACAUAAAAAGACAUAAAAGAAUUGUGGUUUGCAGUACAUAAAAUCUUUACAGGAAUACUGUCUUACAAGAUAUGUAAUCAGUAUACACUGAAACAGUGAUAAGUUUUUUGUUACUUUGAAUUGAAACUGCACAGUAGAUAAAAUUAUGAUUUUUCAACAAAUGUUUCUGGAAAUGAGAAUUAGUGAUAUUAUAUGAAUAGUCAUAUCUUUAUUGUGGCAUCAUUGUAUUUUGUCAUUGGAAGAUGAAGUAUGAAAAUGUGUUUUAAUAUAACGUAUCUUAUAAUGUUGCUUGUAUAUGCAUGAAUAAGAAUAACAUGGACAUUAUUAAGUAAAACAUGGUGAAAGUUUUUAUCUUAAUCAAUUUAUUAUUUUAUUCCCAUAUUUUUGUAAUUAAGGUUUGGUUGUUGUUUUUUUUAUAUUUAUCAUAAUUGGAAUUUUAUGGUAUGAAUAUCAGAAAGUCUCUCUUAUUUUACGUAAGAAUAUUUUUUACUUAUACUGUAAUUAAAUGCUUCUGUCCAAUAAUUGAGUAUUAAAAUACUUGCGUAAAAAGCUUGGGAAUUAUUGUUUAUUUUUUCUAUUCAUAAUGUUUAUCAAUCAAUUUAUAAAUCAUUUCUUGGAAUUGAAAAUAAAGUUAUGUCAUUUUUGAAAGAAUCAAGAUAGAUGCCUUUGGAAAUUGCCUCGAUCUUUUUCAUGAUCUGCUAGAUCCAGGUUCAUUUAUCUUUGUACUAAUGGCAGAAAAUAAUUGUUAUGUAAGUAUUUUAGCGAAAAAAUCAUAGUUUAUUAAUGGUGAUACAAAUAUAUAUAUAUAUAUAAAUGUGAGAGAAAUUUUGGUCAUCUGUGAAUUUUUAUCCCAUUGCUUACAAUUAAUAAAAAAAAUCUUCACCUUCAGUAAACUUUAUUCUGGCGUAUCAUGUGUUUCAGGUUAAAAAAUGUAUAUUAGCUUUUAUAUAAAUCAUAGCAGCUACUGAUCAUAGGAAUGUAUGUGUGAGACUUAUUGUAUAAUUAUAGUAAGAUCUAAAGUAUCUUUAUAGCUUUUGUGAGGAUGAAACAGUUAUAUUUAAUACUUUACUAAGAUCAACAGUUGAAUUUGGGGUGAAACGUGAUUGUUUUAUUCUCUUUUUUUUCCAUUCUCACCCUCCAUAAGUUUGUAUAUUUGUUUUACAAUAUAAGAAGAAGAACCUCAUGAGAACAAUAAUUGUGUAAUGAAAAAUGGCUUAAUCAUACUAGUACUUACUUUAGAUUCAAGUUUCAAUUCACCACUAUCAAAAUUGUUUGGCAGAAACAUGUUAUUUUGUGUGAAAGAAACUUGGAUUUCUGAAAUUAAUUUUUUAAGAUAAGGAAAAAGAUGGUUAAAUAAAAUUGUAAUAAAACAACUCUAUAGAUUAAUGAUAAUCCGUUAUUACUGUGUAAUACUCUACAUGAACCUAACUCUUUUAGACCAUAAUUUAAAUUGUAGGUUAGAAAUAUAUAUGCCUGUAGUUCUUAAAAAAUAGGUGUUUAAAAUUUUCUUUCUGUUGUGGUCAUACUUUUUCCCAAGAAUUAGAAAUUUUAAAAAUAUAUAAAACGUUUUUCACAAAUUUAGAUUAGUAGUGACACAAAAUCACUGAAAAAAAAAUACAAAAAAUUAAAUAAUAAUGUUUCUAAGUGUGUUUUGUGUACUUUAUAAAGUUUAUGUUAGAAAAGAAAUACCAUUUCAAAUUUUAUUUAUUCGAAACAUAAAGUAUUUCAUCACUUAUAUUUUUAUAAACCUUUUUCAGGCACUUGUGUUUCAUUUUCUACUAAGAAAACAUAGUUUUUUCUUUUACAAUUACUGCAGUGCUAUAUUUUGAAACUCUUCAGUUGCAGAGACCUAUUAGUGCCUUAUUAUAAAUGCUAUUCAUUUGGCAAUAGCUUUAUUGUUGAAAGACUGGGCAUGGCUUAGCAAUUAGCAUGCUGGACCAUGAAUCCAUGGUUUGCAUCUGUUGCUGCAAAAAUUGAACUCUGUACUUUGUGGCUGUAGGUGAGUUAUAAGUAUAAUUGUCAAAUUGCACUAUUUGAUUAGAGUAGCCCAAGAGUUUGCAAUAGGUGAUGCUUACUAGCUGCCUUUCCUAUAGUCUAACGGUUCAAAAUUAAGGAUGGCUAUCGCAGAUAGCCUUGUGUAGCUUUGCACAGAUUUCUGACGCAAACAAACAAAUUGUUGGAUUAUUCAAUUUAAAUAUCUUUCGUACUACUUAUUAUUAUUAGAUCUUGUUGCAAGUUCUGUUGAAAGUUUUGUAUUACCUUUGUUAUUUCACGGCUUUAGAAAAAUAUGUAUUUGGUGGGAAGAAACAUAGCACUUAGAAGUUUGUAUAUCAUAAAGUUUUACAUUGUUUUUAUGAAGACAAAGAAUUGUUAAAAGAAUGAUGGGAAACAAUUUUUUGCCUUCUUAUUAUUUAACUACAAUCUUAUUUUGUCCAUUAAAAUAUUAAUCACCUUAAACCACACUCCAUUCAAUAUCUAACUGUAAUAGUAGUGUUAAGCUUCAGUAAAGAGUCAACAGUUUGAUUUACAAAUUAUUAUAUGUGUUGUGGGUUUUAAUGAAUUUGUUUCAAGAUUAAAAUCAAACUUUGUUUAUCUGCACUUGUAUUAUCACUUAAGUUUGGGGUACUGGUGUACUUGUAAUAAACUAUUCUAUCUAAAGUAAGAGAGUAUUCCAUUUACAGAAAACUGAAUCUUUACAUUAUACAUGCCACUUAUAUUAUAAUGAUGCCUCUAACUUUAAACAGUUUAAUUAUAAUGGAAGUUCAGUUUCUUUUCUUUUUUUAUUGUAUUUUAUUAUAAAAACCUAUUAUAAAAACUCUAAUGCUAUUACAAAUAGAAAUGUGACUCAUUUACAACUUAUUUCUGCACUCUUUUUGAAAUGAGAAUAUUUGAGAUCUCAGUCUGAAUUUUUGGGUAAGCAGAGAUUGUCACAUUUCAAAACGUUUUAUGCCUUUCACAUUAACUUCCGCAGCUUACUGUUGUUAAGAGUAGAAUCUACUUAAUUAUCAUAUUUGUUCACCCGAGAGUAUGGGUUACCCUAAUGUAAUACAUUUGAAUUUUAUAUUAGUACCAAUAUAAAGUACUGGCAUUCCUUUUAAACUAAACUUGCAUUCGUCAAGAUUAUCAGUCCAGUUUUUAUCAUGGUAUAUGGAAUAGCGAGUUCCAAAAGAACUUUUCAAAGUAGUGAGCACGUGAAAUGUCUUAAUCAACAAACAGAAGAGCAAAGUGAAAAAAUUCCAAUGAAAUUAUAUCAGCCUUUUAUCAAGAAUAUUUGUUUAUAAGAACACGUUCAGUUCUUUAAGGAGCAGAACUGGAAACGUGUAUUUUAAGGCUGUUAAAACAAAAAUUUUCAAGAUGAUACAUUUGUAGGAAAUGAAAUCUCUAGUAUCCUAUCAAUAUAACUAGUACAUAUCUUCAAUAUUGGAAUCUAUAAGAAGUUUUUUUUUUUAUGCUAAAUAGUGUGGUGAUUAUAGUUAUAAACUAUAUUGAACACUACUUUCUUGGUGUUUAAUGGCUGAUAUAUUCAAAACAAGACUGUGUAAUAUGAAUAGGAAAUAAGUCCGGCGCAGGAAGUGUAUACUUUAUAUAUGUAGGUGUUUUAUGCAAUAAUUGUUACAAAGAUCCCUUUUAAGUUUAUGAAAUUGUCCAGCACUUAAGACAGACUAACUUCUAAGAUGAUGUGUCAUUUUCAUACUGGAAAUUUCACUUUCUCUAACAAAGUUAUUUCAACCUUUCAUUAAGUUAGAUCACUAAACUCAAUAUUAAAAAGUUAAAAAUAAAUAUUGACUGUACUUUUUUUUUAACUUGAAUAAUGUUAUAUGCUUGCUAACUGGAGUUGGGUUAUAAAUGAUUGCUUCAUUUCUAUACAUUUUUGUUUUGUAAUUAGGGUUAAGUUAAUGCUAAGAGAAUUUCCCAUAUACUUGAUAUAUGUAAUUUUCAAGAGAAUGAAAAUAAAGCUUUAUCCUCAUGAGA